AUCUCUGCAUACCAUCAGAGCUUUUGAGUAUUAGAAUCUUUUACUCAGCCCACUAACAAUCUCUUCUUUCUCUAUUACAAGCAGAAGAAUGGCCGUUACCUGCUUUACCCAGGAGCUCACAACCUCCGUUGCUCCAUCGAGGAUGUUCAAGGCUCUGGUGCUCGACUCCCACAACCUCAUCCCCAAGAUUGCCCCUCAGGGUAUUAAGAGCAUCGAGUUUGUCCAAGGAGACGGUGGUGCCGGAAGCAUCAAGCAGACCAACUUCGCCGAUGGCGGCCACUUGAAGUGGUUGAAGCAUAGGAUCGAUGCGGUUGAUGCUGAGAAGCUCGUGUGCAAGUACACCCUGAUCGAGAGCAACAUCGCAUUCGACAAGAUCGAGUCUGUAGCGUAUGAGGUGAAAUUCGAAGCUUCCAGUGAUGGUGGGUGCGUCUGCAAGAUGACCAGCGAGUAUCACGUCAAAGCUGGGGCGGAGCUGAAGGAGGAGGAUAUCAAGCAGGGCAAGGACAAGGCCAUGGGACUUUACAAAGUUGUUGAGGAAUACCUUUUGGCCAACCCCGAAGUCUAUGCUUAAAUGAGUGCGGUUUCGAGUUUGCAUAACAUGUACUCUUGUAUUGUCUACUAUACUGUUCCCAUAUAUUUUUUCCCUCUUUCUUUGAGCUCUUUUCUCAUUCAGCCGAUGGCUUUGCCUAGAAAUAUUUGGGCAAAUGGAUUAAUAAAACGUAUCAUUGUCAUUUCACACGAAAAGUGUUGAUCUCUGUUGGAU